UUCGCCCACCGGGCUGGGUAUGCCUCGGCUGAUCUCGAGGCCGCUUCUUUAUAAACUCCCAUUUGCUUUCCUUUUUCCUUUUCUAUUUCUUCGUCAGCCCGGUUUCAGACUCUGAAAAUCUUGGUAUCAGAACAAUUGCUUUAGAAUCUCAAAGUUUGAUUGAUAGAAAUUUGGUGGGUGAAGUUUGGGCUUUGCCUGGAAUUUGAAGGUGGUCGACAACACAUUUGAUUGAGGAAACCCAAUGUCUCCCAUCAUCCCUUUCUCAAGCCCCAACCAAAAGGUUAGGUACCCAUACCUAAGGUGUAUAUGCUCCAGAUUACUAUUUAAGUGUGACCUAGUCUGAGUGGGUUAUCAGACUGAUGGCUUCUAGACAAAUCCAAUCAUUGUAUGAGGGACGUUCCAUUCAAGCUCCAGGUGUGAUACGACAUAGUCCACUUGCUGGCACAGGUCCUCGUGCUGCCCUUGGGGCUCUGGAGUCACUUCCUUCACCUGAGCUUUUAGAGAACAAGAUUGCUUGUCAGGCUGCAGAAGUUGAGCGACUUGCUGUGGACAAUCACAGGUUGACAGCUUCUCAUGUAGCCUUAAGGCAGGACCUUGUUGCUGUUCGGCAUGAAGCGCAGAAACUUAAGGAACACAUUAGAAGCAUCCGGACUGAGAGUGAUAUUCAGAUCAGGGUUCUGCAGGAAAAGAUUGCAAAAAUGGAAGCAGAUAUUAGCGUUGGUGAUAGUGUGAAAAAGGAGUUGCAACAGGCACAUAUUGAGACACAAAACUUGGUCAAAGCCAGACAAGUGUUAAUGGCCCAAAUUCAGCAGGCCUCUCAGGAGUUGCUGAAAACUCGUGUUGAUGUUAAGAGUCUGCCAGAGUUGCAUGCUGAACUUGAAGUUUUGAGAAAAGAGCGCCAGAGAUUACGUGUUACAUUUGAGUUUGAAAAAGGUUCAAACAUUGAGCAAGUGGAGCAAAUGCAAGUUACGGAAAAAAAUCUAAUUGGGAUGGCAAGAGAAGUUGAAAAGUUACGCUCUGAAGUGUUGAAUGCUGAGAAGAAAGUGCAUGCAACAAAAGGUCCAGUACCAUAUGCUGGUGGCUACAUGAAUCCUGGUCCUUCACAUGUGCCACCUUUUCAAGUUGGCAGCACCUACUUUGAUGGAUACGGGCAGCCUGUAAUGCCGGUGGGUCUUGGCCCAGCAGAGGGCAAUGUCCCAUAUGGUAAUAGUGCCAAUGUUCCAGCUGCUACUGCUGCAACCGGCAGUCAAGCUGUUCCUGGUCUGUUUUGGGUAGCACCAUAUGAUCCAUCACUUGCUCAGAGGUAAACAAGGAGAAGCUGCCAUGUGAGCUGUUCAUAAUCUAUCUUGCCUUGGUCCAGUAUAUCCGGUUUAUAGGACACAGUGAGUUAAUUAGGUUUCUGUGAAAGCUAUAAAUUGUUAGCUUUACGUUGUUAAACGGUUGUCAGCAUUUAACAAAGCAUCAUAGAUCAAUAUCAGUAGUUACGAUAUGGUCAUUUCUUAUUUCUUGCAAAUUAGGGUCUCAGAACCCAGACCCAUUGCACUUUUAACAGUUGUUCAAUUGAAACUGUGGAUGUAUGUAUUUACCCUUAAGAAUCAAGAAUGAAGA